AUGGAAGCUACAAUAGAAUUGCCUAACGGCAACGUAUUGAAACGUUCGAUAAACGUUUUUUAUUCGUUCGAAGUUAAUGAUGAAAUUGAUCCAGAAAUUGAGCAACAACAGAAGAUUCCAAUACGCACUCAACAAGUAAAGAAAUCGAAACACAAGAACCAUUUGCAACGCGUACCUGAGCAUCGACCAGAAGGAUGUCCAAAGUGA